UUUUCUUUCUUUUUAUUUUUUGCCUUGGGAAAUUAUUUCUUCUUCCUAUUCCUAUCGAUUUUUCUUUUUACGGUAAAGUAUUAUGUGGUAAAAGAAUAGUUCAGUGGCAAACUAGUGAAAAGAAAUAAGAGGAAGGAAGGAUGAUACUUUUAAAGCAAAAGAAUGCGAUCCAUUAUGGUCUACCGCCAGCACCGGCACCCAAGCCACCGUCACCUUGGUCCAGCAUACUCUGGGGCGACGAACGUCGACCUCGAGGAGGAAAAACGGCACGAGGCGCGCGCGUCAUGCAGCUGCGAGACAAGGUCACCGCAAAAGAUUCGGGAGCCGGUGCCCCGGCCGACGAUGACGACGGAGCGAGAAGUUGCAAAAGCCUGAGCGAAUGUUACUUCGCAGGGAAAGGUGCGGCCCUAGUUUUACCACCGAACGAAAGGGCCCGACCCUCGAGGAGAGUAUCCGCUGCAGGAUGCGAUAUUCAGCAACAUUUGCAGUCCAUGUUUUAUCUUUUGAGACCGGAAGAAACCUUGAAGAUGGCGGUGAAAUUGGAGUCGGUGCAUCCAGGAAGGACGAGAUAUCUCGUUGUGGUGUCCUGUACGGGCCGACAGGAUGCAGAAGAAAGUUGCCUGUUAGGUAUCGAUUGUCACGAAAGGGCAACAGUUGGUCUUGUCCUUCGAGUCCUAGCCGAUACUGCCAUUACUCUCGACGGCGAUGGGUCAGCUCUGCAAACGUUACACAAGGUGUCGAGCAAGGCACGCGAACAAAACUAUUUCCUGGGUGGAUUAUCUCAUGAUUGGGUCAGUUACUAUGAACAACGAAUCGAGAGUGAUCGGUCGUGCCUCAACGAGUGGCAUGCAAUGGAUAAUUUGGAAUCCCGACGACCACCCUCUCCGGAUAGUGUACGCAACAAACCAAGCGAAAGAGACGAGACAGAACGAGUGAUUCGAUCAACGUUAAAAGAAAUCAUGAUGUCGGUUGACCUCGACGAAGUUACCUCGAAAUACAUCCGAGGAAGAUUGGAGGAAGAUCUUGAUAUGGAUUUAGGUGAAUUUAAACCGUUCAUCGAUCAGGAAAUGCUCACAAUACUGGGACAAAUGGAUGCGCCUACUGAAAUAUUUGAUCACGUUUAUCUCGGUAGCGAAUGGAAUGCGAGUAAUUUGGAGGAAUUACAAAAGAAUGGGGUGAGACACAUCUUAAACGUGACCCGUGAAAUAGACAAUUUCUUUCCGGGAAUGUUCACGUAUCUGAACGUUCGCGUUUACGACGAUGAGAAAACGGAUUUGUUAAAGCACUGGGAUGACACGUUCAAGUAUAUAACUAAAGCAAAGAAGGAAGGUUCGAAGGUAUUGGUGCAUUGCAAGAUGGGCGUUUCAAGGUCAGCCUCGGUCGUGAUAGCAUACGCGAUGAAGGCCUACAAUUGGGAUUUUUCUCAGGCGUGGAAACACGUCAAGGAAAAGCGCAAUUGUAUAAAACCUAACAACAGUUUUCUAUUACAAUUGGAAACGUAUCAGGGUAUUUUAGACGCCAUGAAGAACAAAGAAAAAUUACAAAGAUCGAAAUCGGACACUAAUUUAAAAUCUCCUUCGUCGGUGAAAGAUCAAUCGAAGAAGGAAGAAAAAAUUGAUAAUAGAAAUAACGGUUUGCAAGAGAUAUCCGGUUUGGAAUUGAAGAAAAGUAAUCAAAGGCCCAAAAGUUGGUCGCCUAACGUGGAACUAGCGGAAAACAUGCUUCCAUCUGCUCCACUGUCGCAAUCAUUAGAAAGUAUAGACAAAGUAGGAAGCACGGAGGUGACGAGGGAAGACCUUUUACGUGGUUCGAAUCAAAAAUCAACGAUAGAUCAAGAAGCACGGAACGUUUUGAUGCCUUGUGAUAAUGGUCAGUCUUAUAGCGUGUCCCAGAAUCAGAUAGUUCAUCUUCCGGGUCCUGACACACCUUGCACGAAACACAAAACCGCGACGAACAAAUCGGAAACGCAAGGUCAAAGACGAAAGGGUUUGGUUUUGAAUCUGACGAAUCAAUUUGAAGCAGCUAGUAGCAAGCCCUCAUCUCCUGGUUCGGAUUCGGACGGUAAACCAUUGCCCCAAAGUCCAGAAGAAAUUGAAGAAGAAAAGCCAUUGGAAAAUGGUCUUGAUCGAUCUCAAGGUACAACAUCGGACUCUUUGACGGUCGAACAAGUGGUCUGGGAUCCAGGUGAAAAAAGACGUAGAAAGAAAGAAGAACAAGGUGGAGAGAAUGUAAAUGACAGUGAAUGUCUAGUCUGGACAGCAACGACCGACGCAACGUGCUCUGACUCGUGCAAUAGCCUCAAGGCUAACGGAGAAAUAGUGAGUAACAGUGAGAAUAAUGAAUGUGUCGCGUGUGGACCAACGACUGCAGCACCUAUGACGGUAACAACGAGUAUGACGACUAUGACGACUAUGACAAUGACUACGACGACAACAACAACGACGACGACGAUAACAACUGCAACGACAACUGCGACGACGACGACGACGACGACUAGUCUCGGUAGGAAAGUGAAAAGGGAUGGUGAUCCGUUCAGUGCACAGUUGGACAGGGUGUUUGAUCGCGAGGAAAGACGUGGCGAACCGAGUACGAGGGAUUCGCCAAGUAGACAAAGUUCUUGGAGUAGUUACGAUAGCGCGGUUGUUCUCGACAACAAUUCGGUGCACAGCUCGUGGGCAACUUUACCUUCGAGAAACAGUUCCUGGGGAUCAUACGAUAUGAGACCCUCCGACCUCUUAGGAUCAAGCGGUCUUUUCCCUUACGACAAGGAGGAAAUACCUUGGCAUCCUGGAACGGUCAAACGUACCAAGCAAAAACUCGAAGAAGGUGUCAGCACUGCCGGCGUUAAACGCGUUUGUACUCAAAAUUCUGACGCCGAGGAUAAGGACAGAUUGUUGACGGCCGAAUCGGAUGAGGUUCCUGUCGAAGGUUACAAUUCUCUUUUACUUCACCACCACACUUCUUCUUCGCCAACCCCACGAAGGAGGGAUUCCUCGCCUAGCCAAGAAACGUCUAAUCUCAAAGUAGAAACAGCGAGAAAUUCGCCGAGCCCGCUCGGUGGUAUCGACAUUUCACCGGUUUCUAUACGACAAGUCGGAAGAUUGUCAACCAGCGCGCCAGCACCUUCCUCCUUAUCUUCCGAUUCUGAUCUACCUGCGUCUUUGAGAUCGUGCAGAUCCGAAAGCGAAACGUCCAGUCCCUGCGUCGUUAAUACAACCCAAUGUCCCUCGGUGAAACAUCAUAAAAUGGUCCUCGAGAAUCUUAGCAACAAAUCGAUGUUUAGCAAACGAUGUUUAUCCGUGGACGAUUCACCGGAAUCCGAGUGUCCAAGGAGUUCAUCUGGUAUCGUUAAGAAUCUCAAAAAGGAAUUCGAGGCAAAAUCAACGAAAUUAGAGAAGAACUUUUCCGAUAGUGCCUGUGAUAAUCAUCACGAGGGCUCGUCGAUCGUGUCGCGACCGAAAAGGGACGUUAAGAUUCGUAGUUUACCGUCAUCUCCGGUAAUACCUCACAACGAAUCAAAGAUCCAAGCCUCGUCUAGCGUCGGUGAAACCAAAGACAACAAAGAGGUUAAGGGAAACGAUUCUAGCGUUGUCCAAAACGCUACGGAAGAUCUCUCGGUUAGGGUGUUGGUUGGUAAAUACGAAGUGGCCAAGCCGUCAUCGGCGGACUCUAAAAGAUCAUCGGACGUACAGUUGCGUAGUCACAAGGACAAGGAGUGGGACUCUAUGGAGGUUCAUCCACCUGCUAAGUCGAAAAUUGCGCCAGAAUUUGCCAGGAGAUCGGCCCCAAUUAUGAUCAAUAAUAAUCACUCUAAUGUGCUUUUUGGCGAAACGACGAGCGAAACACCUGGUAGACCACCUGUACCUUCGCCCAGUAUCGUUGUCGCUAGCGUAGUGGCUAAGGCAGCUAGUAAAAAACAACAGCAGCACGGCAGAACUCAUCCGCUUGCCAGGCUGCAGGUCAGGCCUAGGCACAACAGUCCAGUUUACAAUACCAUGUAAAAAAUGGAUUAUCAAAGAACAAGGAACAAGAAGAGAAGAGAAGAGAAGAGAAGAUUAAAUACUCUUUUGACGCUGAACGAGCGAUUUACGUUUAUAGGACGACUGAUAAAAUGAGUGUGUUAAAAUCGCGCGUUUGCCAACGUGUGUAGCGAGUCUUGCUAGGUUGGCAUUUUUAAGUAACCCCUUGCCCUCCCACCGCCCCCUCUUCUCCCCCGUCGUCAAUGACUCCCUCAAAUCCUCCCCGCCACGAUUGAAACCGUGUGAUCUCUUACAUGCCAACGCGAGUGGUUGUUGGUUGCUGCUCCUCGAACAGAUUUUUAAAUGCGAUACUGCGUGCGAUGAGAAUGUUUUUAAAUAAUUAUCGAGUUAAAGUGAAAGAGAAAAAGAAAGAGAGAAAAUAUCAAGAUUCGUCGUUCGCGCCUCUGUUUCGAGGGGGAAAAAGAAAAAAAAAGGAUGAUCUUUAAUUUUUCUUCUUUACUUUUCUUAUCUUUUCUUUUCUUUCUUUUUUUUUGUUGUUCUUUUACUUUCCCUUUUUCUAAUCACAUUAUUGAAAACUGUUGUUAAGAUAAACGAACAACCAAUCUUUAGUUCCUUCCUCUUUCAGAGAUGCGUCAAUACAUAUCUUUGGCUUGGUGUAUUAGUUAAAUUGUCUCUGCACGCGGAGAUGAGAAAUGGUGCACAGUUGAAAAUCAGAAAGAAAAUAGUAUAGAAGAAUAGAAAUAUAGAAUUAAAAAAUAGAAUAGAAUAAAAUAGAAUAGAAGAAAAGGAAAGGAAAGGAAAGGAAA